AUGACAGUCUCAACCCCUCAAACUACAUUCACCUUCCGCCCCGCAACACCAUCCGACAUCCCCAUCCUCCUCCCGCUUAUCCGCUCCGCCUACCGCGGCGAAUACUCUCGCAAAGGCUGGACGACGGAAGCGGACUUAGUAGCAGACCAACGCAUCGACGAGCGCGGUCUCUCAGCCAAGAUCAAUGAGCCCGAGGGUGCAGUCCUCAUCGUCAACGACAACACCAUCAAUCCUAGCAGCGAUGAGAAGCCUACCGCCCCGCUAGCAUGCUGCGAAAUCGUGCGAAGUAAACAGAACACCGACGUAGCGUACUUUGGCCUCUUUGCCGUCUCGCCGGAACGGCAGGCUGGUGGGGUGGGGAGGAAGGUGUUGGGGUAUGCUGAGGAGUUUGCGAAGAGGGAGUGGGGAGUGACGGGGAUGGAGAUGUGUGUGCUUUGGAUGAGGGGGGAACUGAUUGCGUGGUAUGAGAGACGGGGGUAUAAGAAGACGGGGGAGAGGAGGGAGUUUCCGUAUAAGGAGAUGGUUGGCGGUGGUGCUUUGAGGGAUGAUUUGUGGUUUGAGGUUUUGGAGAAGGAGUUGUGA